AUGCUGCUGCUGCUGCUGCUGCUCAGUUGUACAGUAUCUCCCUCUUUCUGCCUCUGCAGCUCCUUGCUCUUGCUCUCUGUUUCUCAGGCUCUCUUCCUCCCCAGCUGCUGGAGCAUGGACUAUUAAAGAAGUGCAUUUUGCUGCAAUAUAAGAUAAGAUUCUGACACCAACAUGGGGAAACAGAACAGCAAGUUGCGCCCUGAAGUCAUGCAAGAUUUGCUAGAAAGCACAGACUUUACAGAACAUGAGAUCCAAGAAUGGUACAAGGGCUUCCUGAGAGACUGCCCAAGUGGGCAUUUGUCCAUGGAGGAAUUUAAGAAAAUCUAUGGGAAUUUUUUUCCAUAUGGGGACGCUUCUAAAUUUGCCGAACAUGUGUUCCGUACAUUUGAUGCCAAUGGCGAUGGAACAAUAGACUUCAGAGAAUUUAUCAUAGCCUUGAGUGUAACGUCUCGAGGGAAAUUGGAGCAAAAGCUGAAGUGGGCAUUCAGCAUGUAUGACCUGGAUGGAAACGGAUACAUCAGCAAGGCAGAGAUGCUGGAAAUCGUUCAGGCAAUCUACAAAAUGGUUUCUUCAGUUAUGAAGAUGCCAGAAGAUGAAUCGACACCAGAGAAAAGGACAGAGAAAAUCUUCCGCCAGAUGGACACUAAUCGGGAUGGAAAACUUUCUUUGGAAGAGUUUAUUCGAGGAGCCAAGAGUGAUCCGUCCAUCGUCCGUCUCCUUCAGUGUGAUCCCAGCAGUGCUGGGCAAUUCUAAAGCAAUUGCUUGGAUUA